AUGCUCUUUCUUUCUAUUGCCAUCAUCUGUCUAUGUUCUUGCUUCACUGUACAAGCUGCGGUAGUUAGUGGACAUGACGCUUCAUUCACGCCUGAUUUCUCUCUACGGGUGUCUGUCAAGAACAUCACACAAGGAUGUUUCACACGAGAGUCCGUUGUCGUUAAUGGCACCUCUCCAGGCCCAACAUUACGUAUCAAACCAAACAGGGUGACUUGGAUCAGAGUAUAUAACGACAUGGCGGAUCAGAAUCUUACCAUGCACUGGCAUGGUCUUUCACAACGCAUGGCAGUCUUUUCCGAUGGUACACCACUCUCACAAUGGCCCAUUGCACCACAACAUUUUUUUGACUACGAGAUUCUUCCACGGGAAAACCACGUUGGUACCUCUUUCUACCAUUCUCAUAUUGGUGUCCAAGCUAUGACUGCAAACGGCGCUCUUGUUAUCGAAGACAUCUGCGAACCACCAUACGCGUACGAUGAAAAGCGCCUGGUUCAUGUGACUGACUACUUUAACAAAUCGGAUCAAGCUAUCGAGAUGGAUCUGACAUCUUCCCCCUUUGUCUGGCCAUGCGAGACAAUGGGCCUACUCGUCAAUGGUGUCGGCGUAGGUGUUGGCAAACAGAACGAUACAAGGUGCGAGCUUCCUGUGAUCGAUGUCUUGCCCGGCAAGACUUAUCGUCUGCGUUUCAUAGGCGCUACCGCUCUUUCACAUCUGGGUAGUGGUCAACGGUUUGAUGUGCUGCAAUUUGAGACGCGAGAUCGGCCAACCGUCUAUCGUGGCUACGGUUUCCUCCGAUAUACCAUGCCAAAGAUAAAUCAAUUGCCACCCAUACCGACUUCACCGCCCUUGAGCCUUCCAAACAUCACAUAUAACUGGCUCGAGUAUGCCCUACGACCUCUGCGUCCAAACAGAUUUCCGAAAGCUUCGGAAAUCACCCGCCGUGUCUAUAUGACUGUUCAGCAGUUCAAGAAUGGCAGUAUCUACUGGGCUCAGAAUGGAAACAACUGGACGGAUACCUCAGGAAGGACGCCCACGUUGAUUGAUCUAUACAGAAGAGGAGAUGCAGCUAUGCCCAAUCAUACUCGAGCAUUGAAGAACAAUGGUUGGGAUCGAGAGACAAGGCUAUGGUCAGCAAAGACCGGUGAAGUACCGGAGAUCAUCAUUCAGAAUACCGGUUCUUUGUUGCAAGGCUAUAGACCUGUCCUGCGUGAUACUACGAUGGUCUAUCGUUAUGGUACUGCUGGUGUCCCAGGUCAGACAAUGAGUUGGAGAGGAUGGCGACUGCGUGUUAGUGAUCCUGGCAUGUCUACUGGCUGGGUCUUUGGUAACUCUGCCGCUGAGAUCACAAGUAUACCUUUCAGCAACGUUACUGGUUAUCUGGACUUCAACGGGAAUGCUUAUGGAAGCGUAUCACUUUAUCCUCAAGUGCUCGAAUACUUCGCAAGCGAUAGAGCUGAAUCAUGA